UUUGGGCUUCAUCCGUGAAGAAAGAAGCUAUGUUCCCUGAGACGGAAGGAGAUUCCUUGGAGCAAGGGCAGAGGGCGCAGGCUAUGGAGUGUGCCCAAGAUGCCCUCUCCUGUGGAACAGGCUGUGGAGAGAUGCUGUUGAGCCGUUGUCUUUUCAGAGGUGUGGAAGCGGCUGCUGAACCUCCAGCCCAGGGCCCCUUUUCCUUGGAGGAGGUGUCCGUCUCUUUCUCUGAGGCUGAGUGGGCCCUGCUGGAUCCGGGACAAAGAGCUCUCUACCGGGAAGUCAUGCUGGAGAACUAUGGGAACGUGGCCUCUCUGGGUAAGGAUCUUUCCUAG